AGCUGCAGAGCAACGGAGGAACCAGAAGGUAACGCAAGCUUCAGAGGGAAGAACCAGAACAUGAUCUGAUUUAACCAGCGAGGGAGAGAGAGAACACCUGACCAUCAGAGAUCAUGAAUGAGAUGAAGAUAAGCGUGCUGGGCAGCGAGGGCGUCGGAAAGACUGCUUUGAUCGUCCGAUUCCUCACCAGGAGAUUUAUUGGGGAAUAUGCCUCCUCUUCAGAGUGUAUCUACAGGAAGCGAGUGAGCGUUGACGGCAGACAGGUGAAUCUGGAGCUCUUUGACCCCUGCUCUCAGCCAUGUGAGGGUAAAUCUACAUUAAAUGAUCAGAUCGUCUGGGCCGACGGCUUCAUCGUGGUUUAUGACGUCAGUGAUUAUUCGUCCUUCACCACAGCUAAAACUAUCAUUCACCUGAUCAGACAGAUCCACCUGGGGACAGCUAAAAGGGACGUGGCUCCUCCGAUCUUCCUGGUGGCUAACAAACAGGAUCUAUGUCAUCUGAGGGAGGUCAGCCAUGACGAGGCUCAGCGUUUCGCCAUUCAGUCCCACUGUCACUUCUACGAGCUGUCGGCCGCCGAACACCACCAGGAGGUGGCGCUCAUCUUCACCAAGAUGGUUCAGAACGUGAGCCUGGGCGGCAAGACGAAGGAGCGGCGGAGACGGCCGAGCGGGUCCAAGUCCAUGGCCAAACUGAUCAACAACGUGUUCGGGAAGAGGAGGAAGUCGGUGUGAGGAGGCGGCGACGAAUGAGACGGGACUCGACUUGAGGACUGAGAUACAAAAGUGGCAGCUUUGUUACUUGAUGUUGAUCGUGUUUGAAAGUGUAGUUUGUGAUGUGUUAAUGUGAAAGUUGUCAUUUUUCUAGCCUCUGCUCUACAAGACAGGCUGUAAUAAAUAUUAAAAUAAAACACUAAAGAGGCAUUAAACCAGCAUUCAGUGUGCCAGUACAAGAAUUAAAUCCAUUCUGCAUCA